AUGGAUGCCGUAUUGCUGAACAUAAUUGGCAGUGUUCCGCUGGUGACCAAGAUCUGGGCGAUCGGAUGCAUCAGUCUUUCGCUGUUGACGACUACCAACGUUCUCGACCCAGCAAAGACGAUCUACAGUUUUGACCUUGUCUUCAAGAAGGGCCACUAUGAGAGGAUUGUUUACUCGCUAUUCGACUAUGGCCAGUUUGACUGGGCUUCGAUCUUCAACAUCUUCAUGAACAUCAACCAUCUGACGGUACUGGAGAACUCGUUUGCGUUGAAAAGGCGCUACUGCUGGAUAGUUACUCUGAUGCUGGUCAGCAUCAUCGCGAUUAGCAGUCUGGAGCAGCCGAUUCCGUCGCUGGGCAUCAUACUGCAUGAGAACCUGGUGUACUAUCAGAUCCGCAAGAACGGGGACGACUUGCAGUUCAGACUUCUCGGCGUGUUCGAGGUCUCGCCUCUGAUGGUCCGAUUCUACGUCGAUGUGAUGAUGCUCGUUGUGUUCAGGAGGAGCUGGCUGCAGGUCUGCAUGAACUUCAUUCCGGGACACUUGUUGUACUAUAUGGACGAGACGGUGCACGAUAUAUACGGGAUCGAUCUAUGCAAGACACCCUACGACUGGUGGCUGGACAGCAGACGGCAAUCUGCUAGGUGA